AUGCCUGUUAUGAAGGGAUUACUUGCGCCACAGAAUACAUUUCUCGACACCAUAGCGACACGUUUUGACGGCACACACAGCAACUUUAUCCUGGCCAAUGCUCAAGUGUCAAAAGGCUUUCCCAUCGUGUACUGCUCGGAUGGCUUCUGUGAACUCACAGGCUUCACACGCACUGAGGUCAUGCAACAGAGCUGUACCUGUAAGUUCCUCUAUGGGCCUGAGACACGUGACAAUAUCAUCGUACACGUGGAUGAGGCCUUGGAGGAACGGAAGGAGUUCAAAAAGGAAAUCAUGUUCUACAAAAAAUCUGGGUGUGUGUUCUGGUGUCUGCUGGACAUUGUACCUAUUAAGAAUGAGAAGGGGGAUGUUGUCCUGUUCCUGGCUUCAUUUAAGGACAUCACAGACUGCCAAGCUAAACCAAUCCAUGAGGACAAGAGAGAAGAAUGCCAUCGUGGACGGAUCAAAGGAGGGUCUCCCUUUGGUUCCACACGUCUACGCUCAAGCACUGUUCUGUACCACAUUUCAGGACAUCUUCACAACCGACAGAAAAAGAGCAAAAUCAAGCUUAACAAGAAUGUGUUUGGUGACCCACCUGCUUUGCCAGAGUACAAGGUCGCUGAUGCCAAGAAGUCAAAGUUCAUCCUACUUCACUUCAGUAGCUUCAAAGCGGGCUGGGACUGGUUGAUCCUGCUGGCCACAUUCUAUGUGGCUGUGACGGUUCCAUACAAUGUGUGCUUCAUCGGUGAUGAAGACGUAACGCGUAGCACUACUGUCAGCGACAUUUCAGUGGAAAUUCUCUUCAUCAUAGACAUCGUGUUCAGUUUCCGUACCACUUACGUGAGUAAGUCAGGUCAGGUGAUCUUUGAUGCUCGUCUGAUCUGUAUCCACUAUAUGACCACCUGGUUCAUCGUUGAUCUGGUGGCUGCAUUGCCGUUUGACCUCCUGUACGCCUUUAAAGUCAGCGUGGUUUCCGUGGUGCACCUGCUGAAGACAGUGCGUCUGCUACGUUUGCUGCGACUGCUACAGAAGAUGGACCGGUAUUCCCAGCACAGCACGGUUGUGUUGACCCUGCUCAUGUCCAUGUUUGCACUGCUAGCUCAUUGGAUGGCCUGCAUCUGGUAUGUGAUUGGCAAGAAGGAAAUGGAGAGCAACGCUCACACCUGGGACAUUGGCUGGCUGCAUGAGUUGGGGAAGCGUUUAGAGUCUCCGUAUGAAGGUGUGGGUGUGGUUAAUGGCUCGACGAGCAGCGGGCCUUCUCUCAGGAGUAUUUACAUUGCUUCACUCUACUUCACCCUGAGCAGUCUGACCAGCGUUGGCUUUGGCAACGUCUCCGCAAAUACAGAUGCUGAGAAGAUCUUCUCUAUCUGCACCAUGCUUAUCGGAGCGCUGAUGCACGCUCUGGUUUUUGGUAACGUCACAGCCAUUAUCCAGCGGAUGUAUUCGCGUUGGUCCCUUUAUCACACACGCACUAAAGACCUGAAAGACUUCAUCAGAGUCCACCACCUACCCCAGUCACUCAAACAGCGUAUGCUAGAGUAUUUCCAGACUACCUGGUCUGUCAACAAUGGCAUUGACUCCAAUGAGUUGCUGAAGGACUUUCCAGAUGAGUUGCGUUCUGAUAUCACCAUGCAUUUGAACAAGGAGAUCCUGGAGCUUGCUGUGUUUUCCUCACUUAGCCGUGGCUGCUUGCGUUCUCUCUCACUGCACAUCAAGACAUCUUUCUGUGCUCCUGGGGAGUACCUCCUCCGACAGGGAGAUGCACUACAAGCCCUUUUCUUCGUUUGCUCAGGCUCCAUGGAGGUGCUGAAGGAUGGCAUGGUGUUAGCAAUCCUUGGGAAAGGUGAUCUGAUUGGAGCCAACCUGUCCAUGUAUGACCGUGUCAUUAAGACGAAUGCAGAUGUGAAGGCACUCACCUACUGUGACCUGCAGUGCAUUAAUCUGAAGGGCCUGUAUGAGGUGCUUGACCUUUACCCUGAGUACUCCCAUCGCUUCGUCCAGGACAUCACACAUGACCUCACCUACAACCUAAGGGUGGGGCAGGAGAGCCAUAUCAUAUCCCGGAUGUCUAGUAAGACUACAGCAUCACAGGUGCGUAGUAGACUAGAGUUGUUGGUCAUUCUCCAGCAGGAGGCUUUGCAGCAUCAAGGCCAGAACCGCAAGGCUGAGGAACAGCUUCUGGUUGUUGAUGGUACAGAGGACGAUGAUGGCAUAGAGAUUACUCCAGCAUGUACCUUCUCUGGUCUCCAACAAACUCCCAGUGAGCUGACCAGCACUACUGCCCCACAAACAGAUAUUCUACACAUGAGUACGAUGGAUUUAGCAGCUAAAUCUGAAGAGACCAGAAGACAGUUGAACCACCUGGACAAAGAGGUGAGCUGUUUAGGGCAGGAGGUGGCUGAGCUUGGCAGAGCGAUGCGGGGUCUCACCUUCCUAAUGGAGUCUCUGAUUGCAUCACCCCAAACCCCAAACUCCCACACCCCUCUCUGCUUCCCAGGACACCCAUCAGCUGCACACACUCAUCCAGAAACAAGCUGUCCCCCUAAUCCCUUCUCAGAGAUGCACUGUAGGACGCAUUCGGGGGCACACGUUUCUGCUCCGCCCAGACCACAGGACCUGCCGCUGACUCACCCUUCCUCGUCGCCAGACACUUCGGAGCCUUCUUCUAUCACAUUACUAUUCACAUCCUCACUUCACACAAAUGUCUCUACAGAGCCUAUCUUGCCCUUGUCUCCUAACAGUGGAGUGGGAAUGCCCCGAACCCGCUCACACAGCCUUGAGACUCCACCACCGCCAAGGUACGCAUUCCACCAUCACAUGCCUGGGACCCUGCCCAGGGCUGUGCAGCCCUCUCCACAAACAAGGGACAGGCACCAUCCUCUGGGUUUGUAG